AUGACGACCGUUACCAGCAGUUCGACGCCUUCAAUCACCGUUUUCCCCUCCCACAAAGUCGCGAGUAUAAAUCGCAAUAUAUAUUCUGGCUUUACGGAGCACAUGGGCCGCUGUAUAUACGGAGGAAUCUACGAUCCAACCAAUCCAAACAAAGAACUGGUUGACUCGCAUGGAUUUCGAAAGGACGUCCUGGAAGCACUCAAACCGCUCGACGUUCCCGUCUUCCGCUACCCAGGAGGCAACUUCUGCGCCACAUACCACUGGCAAGACGGAAUAGGACCGGUCAAGGAUCGCCCAGCCAGACCAGAACUGGCAUGGGGAAACGUCGAAAGCAACCAUUUCGGCACUGAUGAGUUCAUGGAAUGGUGCAAGGCUGCCAACACGGAGCCGUAUCUGUGUCUCAAUUUCGGUACGGGCACCCUCGACGAGGCCAUGGCCUGGGUGGAGUACUGCAACGGCACCAAAGACACGUACUAUGCCAAUCUGCGACGGAAGAACGGCCACCCGGAGCCGUACAAUGUCCAGUACUGGGCUCUGGGCAACGAGAUGUGGGGACCGUGGCAGAUUGAGCAGAUGACUCAAGAGGCCUACGCCGCACGAGCAGUGCAAUGGGCGAAGGCGCUCAAGCUCCUCGACCCGUCCGUUCAGCUCAUCCUGUGCGGCAAGGAAGGCGCCACCACUUGGGACUACUACACCCUGAAACACUGUCUGCAGCCCGCCGGGUUGAGUGAUCUGGGCGAAGAACGCCUUCCGUUGAUCGACAUGCACAGCAUCCAUCUAUACACGGCGAGCGAAGACCAUUACGAAAAUGUGACCGCGCCGUUGGCGGCCGAGCGCAGUAUUGAGGUCUGUUCUGGCCUCAUCGAUUUGGCCAUUGUCGAGAACAAAAUCCCCGCCUUGCAGAAACGGCCGACCAUCUGCUUCGACGAAUGGAAUGUCUGGUCGCCACCGCGUGCUCCUGGAAGUAAGGGCGCCGAGGAGCUAUAUACCCUCUCAGAUGCUCUCGCCGUAGCCGUCUGGCUGAACGUGCUAGUCCGGAAAGCCCGGGACGUCGGCAUGGCGUGCAUUGCUCAGAGCGUCAAUGUCAUCAGUCCGCUCAUGACCACGGAGACAGGCAUCAUCCGGCAGACCAUCUGGUGGCCAUAUGAGCUAUUCUGUAGGUUCAUGAAAGGUCAUACUGUGGCGGUCCAUCUGGCCUGUGAAUCCUAUACUGGAUCGACGAAGCCUGACUGGGUGAGAGCGGUCAAAGAGACUCCAUGGCUCGAUGUCAGUGCCACAGUUGACGAUGACGGUUGGGUCAGCGUCUGUGUGGUCAACAUGCAUCUGGAGUCUGAUAUGAGGACCGUCAUGGGAGGAGUUGGCGACCAGAAGGUAAAGGUGUAUACGAUCACCGGUUCGGAUGCGAACGCCACAAAUAUGGCUGGAAAAGAAGAGGUUGGGUUGAAGGAAUCGGAUUGGGAUCCGGCCAGAGAUGCUACUUUCGUCUUUCCCAAGUGUUCCAUAACGAUGCUGAGGUGGAAAAGCUCAUAG